GUAACCAUGGUGAACCGGAAAUGGAUGUAUAUAUUCAUUCAGUUUUUACUGGUAUCAUCAAUUAGAAGUGAUGAUGAUGUAUUUGAAGACGAUGAAGAGGAAGUAACCAAAGGUAGUGAUGAUAAGGAAGAAUUCGUACCAUCUCUCUUCGUUGCUCCUAAGCUUUCUGACAAGUCUACACCAAAUUUCUUCGAUUAUUUCCCAGUUGGAUCUAAAAUUGGUCUAACUUGGAUCAAAAGUCUUGCCAAGAAAGAUGACGUCGACUCUGAUAUUGCAAAAUACAAUGGAGAGUGGAGCAUCGGAGCCCCAACAAAAGUAUCGAUUGAAGGCGACCUCGGAUUAAUUGUGAAAACAAAGGCACGCCAUCAUGCAAUUGCUGCCAAACUCAAUACUCCGUUUGCAUUUGAUGCGAAUACUUUCGUUGUUCAAUAUGACAUCAAGUUUGAGGAAGGUCAAGAAUGUGGAGGAGGGUAUCUCAAGCUUUUGAGCGAAGGAGCUGAAAAAGAUCUUGCCAAUUUCCAAGAUAAGACCGCUUAUACAAUUAUGUUCGGACCUGACAAGUGCGGAGCCACUGGAAAAGUUCACUUAAUUUUCCGUUAUAAAAAUCCAAUUAACGGAACUAUUUCUGAAUAUCAUGCCAAUCAGCCAACAACGAUUGGAUCAACUUACUGGGAUGAUCAUAAUACACAUUUAUUCACACUUGUUGUCAAACCGACUGGUGAAUAUUCAGUUAGUGUAGAUGGAAAGAGUUUAUAUUAUGGAAACAUGAUGAGUGAUGUCACUCCAGCUCUUACUCCACCAAAACAGAUCUUCGAUGAGACCGAUUUAAAGCCUGUUGACUGGGAUGAACGAGAGAAUAUUGAAGACGAAAGUGCUGUAAAGCCAGACGAUUGGGAUGAAAAUGAACCACAAAGUGUGGUUGAUGAAGCUGCCACAAAACCAUACGACUGGAAUGAAGAAGAAAACGAAUUGAUUGCUGAUCCAGAAGCAAAGAAGCCACAAGAUUGGGAUGAGGAUAUGGAUGGAUCAUGGGAAGCUCCUCUAAUUGACAAUCCAGCUUGUAAAGGACUCAGUGGAUGUGGAACAUGGAAGGCACCGACUAUUAAGAAUCCUAAAUAUAAGGGAAAAUGGAUUCGACCAAAAAUUUCAAAUCCGGCGUUCAAGGGAAAAUGGACAGCUCGACUUAUCGAUAAUCCAAACUACUUCGAGCCCAAGCCAUUUGCCGGACUUGCUCCAAUUACUGCUGUCGGAAUCGAAAUGUGGACAAUGAGCGAAAAUAUCUUAUUUGAUAAUAUCCUCAUCACAUCAUCAGAAGAAGACUCGUCUGAUGUAGCUAAACAAACAUUUUACGUUAAGCAAAAAGAAGAAUAUCGUCUCGCUGCAGCCACUGGAAAUGGAAAUGGUUUCUUCCAGCAAAUUAUCGACGCAACAAAUGAAAAACCAUGGUUGUGGGCAGUUUAUAUUCUUUGCGUUCUUCUUCCUCUUGUUGCUAUCGGAGUAUUUUGCUUCGGAAAACAAUCGAAACCAACUCCAAACUUUGCGAAAAAGUCUGAUGCUUACUCAGCCGAUGAUGACAGAGUUCCGAACUUGGUCGAUGAUGACGAAGAAGAAAUUAUUGGAGAUGAGGAAGACGAUGUGAAUCAGCCUGGACCAUCCGGUUCCCAGAGCAAUCCAGAACCGCAAGACGAGGAAGAAAAUGCCGAACAACAAUCUGCGAAUUCCUCGCAAUCCAGUGCAGCUGAAGAAGAGGAUGACGAGCAUGUUGUUCCAGAAAAUGAGCCAGUGAAGCCAACUGAAGAAUUUGCCAAAAAGAGCCCGAAAAAUACCGGAGGGGCGAAGCGUCGCACAGCUCGCCGAGGGGAUUGAUCACGAGAUAAAAUUCAAAAUUACAAAAUUACAAUUCGUUUUUUCAUUGUUUCUUCCAAUUUAUUCCCCUCAAUUACCUACUUGCAGUUGUGAGUCUUUCGACCGGUUUUUAGAUGAGUUUAACACUUCCCAAAGCUAUAUUGCUCGAAAUCUCUUGAGGAUCUUAUGCCACACCUUCAAACUGUUUUGUUUUGUCAUAUGAAUUUAAUAUUAUAGCCAGGUUUACAUAAUUGAAAUUUAUAAUUUAUAGAUCGCAUAAAACCAAAAUAACAAAU